AUGCCGCUGCUGCCAGUGGCGCAGGCAGACGCUCUCCCCCCCACGCUUCGCAUCAGCAGCAUGAAGGAAGGUUCCAUGAAGGCGGGAGGUACGGCGGAGGGCGGGGCAGGGGCCGGGGAGGGGGGCCUAUGGGGCCUGGGCACAUGCAUGCACAUGCAGCUGGACAUGCGUAUGGGGGCAGGCAUGGGCGGCAUGGGCGAGGCAGGUAUGGGGGUGGGCAUGGGUCCAGGUGGGAGUGGGGGAGUUGGCAUGGUGAAGGGCGGGAGGAUGAUGGCAGGCAGUGGGGUUGGGAGGGAGGAGUAUGGGCAUGGCCCCCCUAUGGGCUAUGGGCGAGUGCCUGUGGAUGCGCCACUUGGCAGGAUGGGAGUGGACGGUGGGGGUUUCGGUAGGAGGGGAGGGGAGGUGCUGGGCCGAAGGCAGGAGGGGGCAAGGGAGGUUGGGUUAGGGGUGGGAGAGAGGGAGGAGAGGGACAGAGACGGAGGGGAGAGGAGGGGGGCGUGGAGAGAGGAGCGGGAGGAGAGAGGUGAGAGGAGUGAAAGGAGUGAGAGGGGUGAGAGGGUGAAGGAGAAGUGGAAGGAUGAGAGAGAGAAGGAGAGGGGAUUGAAGGAGGAGCGUGGAGGGAGUGUGGGUCCGGAGUCAGAGAGGAGUGCGAGGAGAGGUGUGAAGGAGGAGAGGGGUGAGAGGAGGGAGAGGGGCGAAAGGAGGGAGAAGGAUGAGAAGGGCGAGAAGGGUGAGAGGGGUGGAAGAGGGGAUAAGGGGGAGAGGGGGGGCCGCGAGAGGGAAGAGAGAGAGGGAGGAAUAGAGAGGGUGAGUGAGGAGGGGAGAGGCAGGGAUAGGCACAAGCAGAGGGGUAGAGAGAAAGGCGGGGAGAAAGAGCGAGGAGAGAAGGAGAGGGAACGGGAGAGGGGAAGGGAGAGGGGAGCAAGUGUGGGUGAGGAGCGGGAUAGGGAGGUGGCAGGCAGGGGGGAGGAGAGGGCGGGGAUGAAGGGAGACAAGGAGGGGAGGCGAGGCGAGAGGGAGGGUUGGAGAGGUGGUGAGUGCAUGGGUCGAGAGGGUAUGGGGAGUGAGGGUGCAGGCAAGGAGGCACCGGUGGUUGACCUGCGGGCGAAGCUGCGCGAGGAGAAGGAGAAGGGGCGUGGUGGGCGCGGCAGGGAGAAGGACGCACGGGACUGGGAGGGGGACGAACGGGAGGAGAGGGGGCGCGAGCGUGGGUGGGGGAGGGAUGAGAAGGAAAGGGGGAAGGAACGAGGCAAGGAGAGGGGUGGGGUUGGCGGGUCUGACGGAUUGGCCGAGGUGGGAGGGGAGAGGAGGCGCGGAGGGGAGGCAGGAGAAGGGGAGAGGGGCGAGCGGCACGCACACCGGGGCAUGGGUGCUGCAGAGGAUGGCAGGCGGGCCGGUGGUGCCCCUCACUCGCCCUCCCCUGCUGCUGCUGACACUGCUGCUGCUUCAGGUGUUGGUGGUGGUGGUGUGCGGCGCAGUGCGGUGCAGCGCACUGACGGGCAUCUGGUGGUGCAGGUGGGGGGGCGAGGGGGGGACGGGGCGGAGGACAGGCGGGGAGGGGGGGCGUGGCGGGAGAGUCAGGGCCACCUGGUGGUGCACGUGGGGGCAGGGGGCGGGGGAGGGGAUGGUCGCAGGGCGAGUGGGGGGGAGGAGGGUGGUGGUGGCGCAUAUGGCGGGGCGAGUGGUGCAGGGGGGAGGAAGCGCAAGUCAGAUGACGGCGGGGACAGGCGCGGUGACAGGGAGGGACCAGGCGAAGGAGGGGGGGGAGUGGGGAUGGGGGGAGAGGCGGGCAGCAUGGCAAGUGGUGGUGCAGGUGGCAGGGCGGAGGGGGAAGGGGCGGGAGGAGGGGAAGGCAAGACGGAGCGGCCGGCACGCAAGAGGCGGUGGGCAUGA